GGAUAGAAAAGUUAAACUAUUGACAUAUUUAAAUACAUGUCUUAUUCAGUUUAUCAAGCAUAGGAAGUAAGAAUAAUGCUUAUCCAACUGUUCUGCAAAAGACACAUUUUUCUAAGUUAAUUUCAGAGCACUGUUUGGUCACGUGACAAGAGGUCAAAAGUUUCGCGGGAACUAAAAUGGCGCACGAGAUGACAGCCACCGACUCGGACUCUGUGCAGUGUCCAGUUUGUUUUCAAGAUUUCCAGCCCUCCACAAUCAACAGACACCUCGACGCGUGUCUGCUGAAAACCGUGACCGAUGGAAGUCCGUCUACAACAGAUGAAUGUGAACCCCCUUCGAAGAAAUCCCGCAAAGGUGCUGAGGCUGUGCCACCCAGCUCCAGUGUCAACACACCUUCCACCAACUCUCCCCCUCCAUCCUCCUCCUCCGCCUCGGCACCGUGCACGCCAUCAUCUUCUGUAUUCUCUCUGUUCCAGGCCAACAAGAGUAAAGUGUCAGCUCUGAGGGAACGAAGUGGUGCCCUGACAGACAUCAAAUCAAAAAUCAAGGGAAAUACACGAGAUAUGCAGGAUGACUCUGUCGCUGGACCUGCAGCAGGUGUUGAUAACCUGAGUAUUCCACGAUCUGGAGCAAAUACACCCAAUUUGAAGACAUCAAAUAGUAUCCCUCCACGGACACUGCUGUCAAUGAGUAAACCAUUAGCAGAUGUGCUUAGACCAAACUCACUGGAGGACUACUUUGGCCAGAGCAAAGUUGUAGGUCAGGAAACACUCCUCCGCUCACUUAUGGAGUCCCAUGAAAUACCAUCUUUGAUCCUUUGGGGACCACCAGGAUGCGGAAAGACCACUCUGGCUCACAUUAUUGCCAGCAUCAGUAAAAAGAGGGGAACAGCUCGUUUUGUGACUCUUUCUGCCACCAGUGCGUCCGUCAGUGACGUCAGAGAGGCGAUAAAGCAGGCACAGAACGAGCUGAGACUGUGCAAGAGGAAGACCAUCCUGUUCAUUGAUGAAAUUCACCGCUUCAACAAACUGCAACAGGACACCUUCCUUCCUCAUGUAGAGUGCGGGACUAUUACUCUGAUCGGGGCAACAACAGAAAAUCCAUCCUUCCAGGUAAAUUCAGCCUUGCUGAGCAGGUGCAGAGUCCUGGUUCUGGACAGGCUCUCUGUGGAGGCGAUGGGCUUGAUCCUGGACAGGGCAGUGGCUACGCUGGGGAUCAGAGUCCAGGGAAGAGAUACUGAAGAUGAAGACCAAUCAGAUGAAGAGGGGCCAAAGAUUUUCAUCGAACAAAAAGCUCUGGACACCAUAGCCCACCUUUGUGAUGGUGACGCCAGGACAGGUCUGAACAGUCUGCAGCUGGCUGUUCAGGCUCAGCUCAACUCAGCCCAGUUCAACUCAACAGGACAUGAAGGUUCUCAGGAAAUACUAGUGACGGAGGAGCACAUCAAGGAAGGUCUUCAGAGGUCCCAUAUUCUCUAUGAUAAAGCUGGUGAAGAGCAUUAUAACUGUAUCUCAGCGUUGCAUAAGUCCAUGAGAGGCUCCCAUGAGAAUGCAUCACUGUAUUGGCUGGGCCGCAUGCUGGAGGGUGGCGAGGAUCCUCUCUAUGUGGCUCGAAGGCUGGUACGCUUUGCCAGCGAGGAUGUGGGUAUGGCAGAUCCUGCUGCACUUCCCCAGGCUGUGUCCGCUUUCCAAGCCUGUCACUUCAUAGGCAUGCCUGAAUGUGAGGUGAUCUUGGCUCAGUGUGUAGUCUACAUGGCCCGAGCACCCAAGUCUGUAGAUAUCUACCAGGCUUAUGCUAACGUAAAAGUCUGUUUGAGGAACCACAAAGGCCCCCUGCCUUCUGUCCCUCUGCACCUCCGUAACGCCCCCACCAGGCUGAUGAAACAACUGGGCUACGCUAAAGGCUACAAGUACAACCCAGCCUUCAGCGGCCCGGUGGAGCAGGAGUACUUACCUGAGGAGCUGAGGGAUGUAGACUUUUUCACCUGGACACCUCCAGACUCCUGAAGACCUGUGGGAAUAAUAACUGACACAGUGCACUGCUAUGGGUUUAUACUAAUGCUGCAGUCCAGUAAAAUGAGCAGUAAUGAGGAUUAAUGAAAUGUUUAUGCUGCUGAUACAAACUCUAGGCUGAUUUUAAGAUUUAAUGCUGUCUUCAUUAUCUGAUUAACUAUCAUCGCAUUUAUCAAUCAACAGAAAUAUGUUCUCACAGUUUUGCUAAACCUUCUUCUUUCUGAAUGUAAUCGAAGGUAUGUAAAGUAUAUACAGUUAAAAAAUGUCUCUGCAUGUUCAUAGAAAAGACAAUCAGUUAAAUAGAUAAAACAUACAGUGAGUAUACAGUGUGCUUUUAUAUUUGCAAAACGCGUCUUUGAAUGUUUACAAAGUUAAGUACUUAAUUUGUUUCUCUUUAGUCUGUCCCUGUAAAGUUUUCCACGUUGCACAAAUGUAUUAAAAUGUUGGUUUUUUUUACAUUAUGAUCUGUAUAUACUUUGAUAAAAGACCAGACAAAUGUAAACGUUUUAUUACACAGUUUAUUAUUCUUUCUCUU